UGAAUAACCAAUCGCAUCCAAACAAUUGAAUUAUACUACCUACCUGCCAAACCCACAUCUCUAUCAGGAUAUUCUAAACCCCUAUCUAUCCAUGUCAUGCCCCUCAUCAUAACUAUGGGUUUAGUAGAUUGUACCUAGCUACUCUCCGGGUCGUCUUGAGAACUAUAAAGCCUGCCGUAGCGACAAGUCAGGUGUCUACAUAUAUAUCUUCAGAAUAUCGAGCAUUAGAAGACUGACACUUCAUUAAUGAUCAUGAACAUGAAGACCUUCAUUACAAGUUGUCUAGGCCUCGCUAGCUUUGCCAGCCUUGCCCUUGCUGCUGUCCCAGGCUUCGACAUUUCCCAUUAUCAGUCGAGCGUAGACUUUGGGGCAGCAUAUAGUUCUGGAGCCCGUUUCGUUAUCAUCAAAGCUACAGAGGGCACCACCUACCAGGACCCCAAAUUCAGCAGCCACUACGCCGGCGCUACCAACGCCGGCCUCAUCCGCGGCGGCUACCACUUCGCGCGCCCCGCGUCGUCCUCCGGCGCCGCCCAAGCAACGUACUUCCUCGCGCACGGCGGCGGGUGGUCGGGCGAUGGGAUCACGCUGCCGGGAAUGCUGGACUUAGAAGGUGAUUGUGCGGGCUUGUCGACCAGCGCCAUGGUCUCGUGGAUCAGGGACUUUAGCGAUACGUAUCACGGCAAGACGGGGCGGUAUCCCCUGCUGUACACGAAUCCGUCGUGGUGGUCGAGUUGUACGGGCGGGUCGAGCGCGUUCGUUAAUACGAAUCCGCUUGUGCUUGCGCGGUAUGCUAGUAGCGCGGGGGCGUUGCCGGGGGGCUGGCCGUAUUAUACCAUUUGGCAGUUUAAUGAUGCGUAUAAGUAUGGGGGCGACUCGGAUACGUUUAAUGGCGAUCUCACGCAGUUGAAGAAAUUGGCUUCGGGGUAAUUGUUUUUGGAUUUCGAGUGACAUCUGGUCCACUGUCGAGCUUAUUAAAUCAAGAUUAGUUCCUGUUGCUGCGCCUAGAAUGCUUUACUUGCAGAGUAUUCCUCCUGCUGGGAAUGGGUACGCUAUGGGUCGCUUUUCGGAUGGAGGUGGAGCUUGUUGAUUUUGGUCUUUGGAAAGACGAUAUAGCUAUUUUUUUAAGAAAGUGACUGAGUUAGUUACUUGAUAUAUUCUAAA